UAUAUAUAUACACAUCUUCAUCAACAACCAUCUCUGCAACAAACAGAGAGAGAGAGAGAGAGAGAGAGAGAGAGACACGGAACCAAAACGAUGGCCGAUCAGAUAGCGAGAGGAGAAGAAUUGGAGAAGAAAGCAGAGAAGAAGCUCAACGGCUGGGGUCUCUUCAGCUCCAAAUACGAAGAUGCCGCUGAUUUGUUCGAUAAAGCCGCCAAUUCCUUCAAACUCGCCAAAUCAUGGGAUCAAGCUGGAUCAGCUUAUGUGAAGUUAGCAAACUGUUAUAUAAAGUCGGAUAGCAAACAUGAAGCUGCUAGUGCUUAUGCUGAUGCUGCUCAUUGUUAUAAGAAGACAAAUACUAAAGAGUCCAUAUCUUGUCUAGAGCAAGCAGCUAAUUUUUUUAAGGAGAAUGGAAAGCUAAAUAUGUCUGCAAGAUAUUACAAGGAAAUUGCUGAAUUAUGUGAGGCUGAACAGAACUUUGAGCAAGCUAUUGAUUACUAUGAAAGAGCAGCUGAUCUUUUCGACAGUGAAGAAGUAACAACUUCUGCGAAUCAGUGCAAGCAGAAAAUUGCACAAUUUGCUGCUCAACUAGAACAAUACCAGAAAUCGAUUGAGAUUUAUGAAUUCAUAGCACAGAAGUCACUGAACAAUAAUUUGCUGAAAUAUGGAGUUAAAGGACAUCUUCUUAACGCUGGCAUUUGCCAACUCUGUAAAGGCAAAGGGGAUGUCGUUGCAAUUAGCAAUGCAUUAGAGCGAUAUCAGGAUAUGGACCCAACUUUUUCUGGAACACGAGAGUACAGAUUGUUGGCGGACUUGGCUGAUGCAAUUGAUCAGGAAGAUGUUGCAAAGUUCACUGAUGCCGUGAAGGAAUUUGAUAGCAUGACCCAGCUGGAUGCUUGGAAAACGACCCUUCUGUUGAGAGUUAAGGAAGCUCUGAAGGCAAAAGAACUAGAGGAGGAUGACCUUACUUAAACCUGUUUUUACCUCGAUGCUGUCUCAUUUGCAUUUUUAUGAUGAUGAUUUUACUGAGUGUUUGUGUCUGAUUAUAUUCUUUGUUUAUUUUGUGUGUACUAAAUUUGUUGUUGACCUGAAUGAAUAUGCUUGCCUUCAUAAGCAUGCCUGAGAUUGUAAUGGAUACAUGGUUUUCUUUAUCUAACUGAGGUUGAUAAAUGUACUUGUAUGUUGAACAUGUCGAAGAAUUCCCAUCUUAA